AUAUUGAACACCCAUUCUUUCGAGACCUUCAUAGAGCAUAUGCUGAUUAUUUAAAUUCAAGAGCUGCACUAUCUAAUAGAAGUUUAGAAUUUUAUAAUUUAAUCACUUAUACCGUUCUUAAAAAUAAGCAAGACUCAUAUCAGUUAAAACUUAAUAUUGGUGAUAUUGUGUGGCUCUUAUUUCUCCCUGGUAUUGUCGAAUUUGGUGGCUCUUAUUUUGUCGCUAGUGUCAUCGAAUUUGGUGGCUAUUAUUUCAUCAUUGGUGUCGUCAAAUUUGGUGGCUCUUAUUUCAUCGCUGGUGUCGUCGAAUUUGGUGGCUCUUAUUUCGUCGCUGUUCGUUGGUUAUUAUUUCGUCUUGGUGUUGUCGAAUUUGGUAGUUAUCAUUUCGUCGUUGGUAUCAUUGAAUUUGGUGGCUCUUAUUUCGUUGCUGGUGUCGUCGAAUUCAGUCGUUCUAUUUCAUCAUUGGUGUCAUGGAGUUUGGUGGUCAUUAUUUUAUCUUGGUGUCAUCAAAUUCGUGUCAUCGAAUUUGACAUUAUUAGUCGUCAUUGGUGUCGUCGAAUUCGGUGUUAUUAUUUCGUCGCUGGUGUCAUCAUGUUUGGUGGUUAUUAUUUUAUCGCUAGUGUCAUUGAAUUCGGUCAUUCUAUUUCAUCAUUGGUGUCAUUAAGUUUGGUGGUCAUUAUUUUGUCUUGGUGUUAUCGAAUUCAGUGGUUCUAUUUCGUCGUUGGUGUUAUCGAAUUUGGUGACUCUUAUUUCGUCCCUGUUGUCGUCAAAUUCAAUGGCUCCUAUUUUGUCGCUGGUAUCGUCGAUUUGGGUGGUUAUUAUUUUGUCAUUGAUGUCAUCAAAUUUGGUAUCGCUGGUGUCGUCGAAUUCGGUAAUUCUAUUUUGUCACUGAUGUCAUCGAGUUUGUUAUUAUUUCAUCUUGGUGCCAUCAAAUUUGGUGGUUAUCAUUUCGUCAUUGGUGUCAUUGAAUUAGGUGGCUCUUAUUUUGUCACUGGUGUUGUCGAAUUUGGUGGUUAUCAUUUCGUUGUUGGUGUCGUUGAAUUUGGUGGUUAUCAUUUUGUCAUUGAUGUCUUUGAAUUUAGUAGUUCUUAUUUUGUCAUAUUUUAUCUUAGUGGCAUCAAAUUCGGUAGUUUUAGUGUCAUCGAAUUUA